CGGUGCGUGGGCACUUUAAAAAGCAAACCGCCAUAUCCAGCAGGCAGCGUCAGAGCGGGCAGUGGAGUGAGAGGCAGCAGAGUGGUCGGUCUUUGGCUUAAGGGGCUUUGGCGUAAAGGGGCAAGGCAGAACAAGGGACGUAAAUUCCAACACAAAGAGAACUGCAAGUCAGCAAAGUCACUGACCUAGAGCUCUGAAAUGAAAAUGAGGAAGACGAAAUUUGUUACUGAAAGCUGUUACUCUCGUUCUGAGUGAAGCACCGACAAUCCUUAUCCAGUAUUCAGCGAGGUGGAGAGCAAUUUAAUUUUACAAAUUGCAUUUUAGUGUUAGAGCUUGAGCUGGCACCUGGGUUCCUGGCACACGUGCGAGAAUGAUGGGAUCCCCAGAGAUUUGUUGCAUUCUUUUAUUGAUUUUUAACUUGCAACUGGUGAGAAGCUGUGGCCCAGGAGAAUAUAAUUUUCAAGACCUGUGCUGCUCCAUGUGCCCGCCAGGUACACGUGUUUCAAAACACUGCACGUCAACAUCAGCUACUAUAUGUAUUCCCUGUGCUCGUGGAGCUUACAUGGACCACCAAAAUGGUUUAGAAAAAUGCCUGAAGUGCAAGUAUUGUGAUCCAGAGCUGGGACUUGAUACUGUGCAAGAAUGCAGUGAAAUCCAGGAUGCAGUGUGUGACUGCAAAGAAGGGUAUUUCUGCUUGGCAAAAACAAAAGAUAGAUGCCAUAUGUGUACAAAAUAUAUCACACCUUUUUUCAAUGAAAGUAGAAAUGACAAAGGUGCUCCCAAGCAACAUGAAGUGAAACCAACACCACAGUCUGUAAUUACCCAAGCCAAUGUUUAAACUUAUGGAUCAGGAAGACACACAGAAUCCAUUGCAACCUGGGAACAAACGCUAAGGAGGAAAUUGUUUCCUAAACCAGAAGCAUCGGACAAACUCUGGAAGUGGGAGUCAGCUCCUGAAACAACCACAGGGAAGUCCAAGGUUGCCCGUGGACAGGACCCUGUAUCAAUAAGAAAGACACUAAUGACAAUGAUGCAAACGUUUGAUCAAACCUUUCCUAAAGAAUCUUUAAGGCUUCAGGAGACAGGAAAUAAAGCUAUUACAGAAUUACAAAAUAGUAAUGCAGACCAACUUGGCAAGUCUGCAGAAUGUUAUGCAGAUUGGGCUAGCAGAUAUGCAAAAUACUAUUCAAUCAGGCAUGGCUGGCCUGCAGGUUGCUGUACAAACUGGCAUGGCAGACAUUAAGAGUGCACUACAGAUUGGAAUGGCUGGCAUUCAGAAGCUUUAAUUUCUGGAAUGGCUGAUAUCAAAGGCAUUAAAAUUGGUCUCACACAGACCGAUAAUACUCUGAAACAAAUGCAGGCAAACUCACAAUCUAAUUUAUUACUGAUGACCAAACAGAUUGGCUCACUAGUCAAUAUAUUGACCAAGUUUGCUUCCUCAAACCAAACCAUUUCCUUCAUCCAGUUUAAGGAUAUUACUUGUGAUCUUUCCAACAAAGAGUCAAUACAGCCGCAAGUAACAACAAAGCAACCAUAAGUUACCUUUAUAGUCUAUAAGACUGACUUUGGGUAAAUUUCCAGCUCCACAUAAUAUAGUGUACGUGAGCAGCUGAUAUCAUGACAGCUGCUCAGCCUGGAAGGCAAAGCACUCAUCCAACAAAUCUCAAAAUGAAAAAAAAUACUUUUAUUUUUCUGGUUGGACCUUUCUCUUUUUCUUCCUAUGAAAUAUAUAUGCACCUCAUCUUGUCUUUUGUUUUAAAUAACGCCAAGCUCCAGAACUUCCUUUUUCAAAAUUUACUUUCAGUUGUAUACUAAAAAUACCUAACGAUGUAGUACCAUGUGUAUAAACCUUCCUCACAACACUUGAAGACAUAAUUUUGAUAAUUUAAGAAAGAGCUGAUAAUCUAUCUUUAUUUUCCAAAUCUAUAUUCCCAUCCUUCAUUUCGAUUUACAUUAUGAAAUACUUAACUACAAGAUCUACUUGCAUGUUUAGUGUAAGAAGAGUUGCAAGUUCCCAGUUUGCAGCAUAAUUUAUCUUUAAUAAACAUGGAAAGCACAAGCGGUUCAAAGUCAAAUUUAUUUCUCAUGUGCAUAAGUACAUGUAUGCACCACGUACAAUGAAAAACUUACUUGCUGUUAUCAGGUAAGUAAGGAGAUAGAACAUUGAACCUAGAAACAGUACAGCACAGGAACAGGCCCAUCAACCUACAAUCUCUGCCAACCAUGAGGCGAAUCCAAACUAAUCCCAGCUCGCCUGAACAUGGUCUAUAUCCUUCUAUUUCCUGCCUGUCCAAAUGCCUCUUACUGAUCUGUUGCUAUCGUAUCUGCUUCCAUCCCUUCCCCUGGUAGUGCAUUCCAGGCACCUACCAUUUCCUCUGUAAAAAAAAACUUGCCUUGGCGGCACGAUAGCGUAGUGGUUAGCGCAAUGCUAUUACAGCGCCAGCAAUUGGGGUUCGAUUCCCGUCGCUGUCUGUCAGGAGUUUGUACAUUCUCCCAUGUCUGUGUGGGUUUCCUCUGGGUGCUCCGGUUUCUUCCCACUUUGCAAAGACAUACGGGUAGGUUAAUUUGGGUUUAAAAUGGAUGGCGCGGACUCGUUGGGCCGGAAGGGCCUGUUACCACGCUGUAAAUAAAAUUUUUUUAAAAAUUAAAUCUCCUUUAAACUUUCCCCUCUCACCUUAAACCUGGGAUAGGGAUUAGGUAAGGAUAUCCCUUUUCUGGUAAGGCCUUCUCACAAGAUCACUAAUUACCAAGGACACCAUGUCCAGUUUGCUUCAAAACCACUCAUUAUGUGGAUACAGUCGCCUUCUGAGUCAACCCUCUGGAAAACUAACAGAAUAACUAUUUGUCAUCUAUAUCGAUGAUUUGGAUGAGAAUGUACAUGGCAUUAUUAGUAAGUUUGCAGGUCGUGUUGUUGACAGUGUCAUCAGGAUUCACAGAAGGAUCUUGAUCAGCUGGGUAAGUGGGCCGAGGAACGCCAAACAGAUAAGUGCGAGGUGUUGCAUUUUGGGAAUACAAAUGAGGGUAGGACUUUUCACAGUAAAAGACAGGGCGCCUGGGGAGUGUUGUAUAACAGAGGGACCUUGGAGUACAAGUACAUGGUUCCAUGAAAGUGGUAUUGCAGGUAGACAAGGUGGUGAAGAAAGCUUUUGGCACACUGGCCUUCACCAGUCAGGGCAUUAAGUGUAGAAGUUGGGAUGUUAUGUUGCAGUUGUACAAGACAUUGGUGAGGCCGCAUUUGGAAUACUGUGUUUAGUUUUGGUCACCCUACUAAAGGAAAGAUGUCACUAAGCUGGAAAGAGCGCAGUGGAGAUUUAUGAGGGUGUUGCCAGAACUUGGGGAACUGAGUUAUGGAGAGAGGUUGAGCAGGUUGGAUCUUUUUUCAUUGGAGAGUAAGAGAAUGAGUGGUGUAUAAAAUCACGAGGGCAUAGGUAGGGGAAUGCACAGUCUUUUUCCCAGGGUUGAAGAAUCAAGAACUAGAGGGCAUAGGCUUAAGGUGGGAGGGGAGAGACUGAAUAGGAACUUGAGGGGCAACUUUUUCACCCUGAGGGUGGUCAGUACAUGGAAUGAGCAACCAGAGUAAGUGGUUCAGGCAGGUACAUGAACAACAUUCAAAGGCAUUUGGACAGGUAUAUGGAUAGGAAAGGUUUAGCCAAAGGGAUAUGAGCCAAACACAAGCAAAUAAGACAAGCUUAGAAGGGAAUCUUGGUCGGCUAUGGACCAGUUGGGCUGAAGGCCUGCUUCCUUGUUGUAUGACUAUGAGAAUAGGGAAGGGGUGAGUUCCCAGUGUUAGAGACCAAACUUAAAGGAAUCUGUCCUUUGUUUAUGUAUCCCUGUCAUUGGACAACCAAGAUGGAGGAUUUAAUUUAUCUAAUCUUAAUGUAAAGGAAGACUAGACCCUAAACUAAAACUAUUUAAACAGAAAGAAAGAGAAAGAGACAGAGAGAGAUAGAUGCAAGCUUUUAAGUGACAAGUCUCUUGUCUAUAAUAAUGUAUAUGAUCUGUGCUAACGUGCUGUGCUGAUUGGCUAAGGUGAUUUUGCUAUAUUGUAGACAUGCCUCCAAUUCAAUAAAAUUUAAAACCAGAAUGAUAUUGUUAGCUAAAUUAUGAUUAAAAUAAAUCUUAAAAUGGCCUAGCCCAAGAAUGUACUUUGUUACAUUGAAUCAUGUUUAGCAUUAUGUAAUAAAAACUUGCUUACACUGUAUACAAGCAAGAAAGAAGAAUAUUGUCUAAUAGUAUGUGCUCAGCAAUAAACCAGAUUAUUCCAUC